AUGGAGCUAGUGCCGGAGUUAGUGGCCGAUUCCAAACUGGACACAAUCUUUAAGAAAGGAUUCACCAUCCAUCAUGUUCGGACGCCGGAUACGACUCCUCUUCUCGGAAAGAAUAAAAAGAAGCAGAAGUGGGAGCAGUCCAAAGAACUUGGUCGGGGAUCGUUCGGGACUGUUUGGCUGCAGAAGCUGGUAGGAGGCGGCGACAAAGACACAGACAAACGAGCCGUCAAGCAAAUUGAGAAGAGGUCUGCAGUCGAUUACAGUCAUGAGCUGGAUGCGAUAGCGAAAUUCUCUCAGGAGAAGUUCAACUAUUCGUUCGUCAAGUCGCUUGGAUGGUACGAAGAUGACAAACACGUAUACAUCUCGAUGGAAUAUCUUCCUCACGGCGAUCUAAGCCGCCAUUUUGACGAGUUCGGCCCACUACUAGAGCAUGAAGCCCAAUGUGUUGCUCAUCAGAUAUUAGACGGACUGAAGAGUAUGCACGACCACGGCUUCGUUCAUCGUGAUCUGAAGCCACAAAAUGUGCUGAUCAAAGAGCGCAGCCCUAACUGGUGGGUCAAGCUUGGCGAUUUUGGGGUCAGCAAGCGUAUGCAGGACGCGGCGUCACUCAGUACAUAUACUGGUACAGAUGGCUUCAUGGCACCCGAAGUCAUCAUGCGAAAAGGUCACGUUAAUUGGAAGGCCCUCGCUGGACGCAAAUCAUACACGGAUGCCGUAGAUAUAUGGGCUUUGGGUGCACUAGUUUUCCAGGCUCUCACUGGCAGCGAGCCUUUCGCAAAAGAUCUGGGGUCCUACGUCGAGGGGAAAACGCCUUUCCCUUAUCAUGUGCUGCAAGCGCAAAGUAUCUCACGGAAAGGAUGCGACUUACUGGAGAGACUUUUGCAAGUCAUUCCUGAGAACCGUCCAACAGCAUCCGAAGCUCUUCAAGAUCCCUGGCUUAAAGCACAAGAGGCUACUCAAAGAGACUCGAUUGAAUCGCUGAGACCGGCUUCUACACUACACGAACAAGGCAAGAACGCGACUAACUUUCUCCGUAACAUGGCGCAGCAGACAGCAUCUACUGUCGCUUCUGCGGCAUCCCUAGCGUGGAGCGAUGCGGAAAGGUCUACUAUAGUGUUCAAAGCCCUCGACUCUGUCAGAACUGCAGCCAAAGAACGAUUUCCCACAUCUUCACGACGCGGUGCCGAUGCUGUAGAUCUAGAGUCACACGGAAAUGCUCUUGGUCUUACGACCCUAGUAGAACAACCAUCACCACCUGCCAAUGACUCAUCUACCUUCGACCUAUCGAGUGAUAAUACGGCACAGAAGCAGGCUUCACUGUCUCAAGAAUCACUGGAUGGCUCAACUUUGAACCAAGCCAAUAGCUCAACGCUGUCAGAAAGAGUGGAAAGCGUGAAAGGUCCCAGAAGUUCGGAAGAAGAGCGCCGAUCUGGCAGCGCGACACCACCAUAUGCGACGAGAUCAGCAACACUACGCUCGGAUCUAGGCAGUACAGAAUCUCUGCAGGAGACGGAAGAGUAUUUCGACAGGCCGAUAACAGCCGAUGACUUUAUCCUUUCACCUGGUACAACCCUAUCAGAGGCAUCACCAUCACAGUCAAUAUCGGACACCUCCCCAAGGGCACCUAGCGGCCAUUGGACUAGGGCGAUGCCAUUCUCUGAGUUAUCUCUAGACAGUGCCAGUGCCAGCCCCAUGAGUCCGGCGUGGUCAAAAGAUUCUUCCAUCGUUCGUGAGAAAGGCUGCACGCUCAGGCCUCUCGAACUGCCAAGCGACCUUAUGCAUACGCUUGAGCCCGAUGCAUAUGUCGUUAUUGUACCAGGCUUGGGUGAUCCUCCCGCCGACAUCUGGAGUAGAGACGGCUUCCACGAUGAGCCACUUGUGCGCGACCUCACCAAGCACUACAUGAACAUCCAAGUCCUCGAACUCGAUCACGGCUUACUAGUCAAUGGAAAAGACUUCAAUCGCUGGAACCAAACUAAUUGGCAUAAGGAUCUCGUCAACAAUACAGUCGGAAUCGUCUUUCUUGGAACACCUCAUCCUACAAACGAGAACAAAGCAGAUCAUGAGAAUAUCCUGGGUAUCAUCACAAGACCGCCUACAUCCAGAAGGUCAAAAACGAUCGAUAGGAAGCUCAUGGAUCUGGACAUCCAAACCGGAUAUGUCCGUUCACUUUCUGAGGAGUUUGACAAGUACAUCCGCGAAUACCUUCCCAACCUGCCCGUGUUGUCAGUCUGGGAUGGCCGAGAAACCAAGGCGAUGCGAGUGGAAGAGACGAAGUUACUUGGUCGCAGAUGGAAAGCGGAAAAAUACGUGAUCGUUACCUACGAAUUGGCCAAGAUUGGCUUGCCAAACGAACAGAUGAUGGUGGCUGACUGCGAUCACUAUGAGUUGUGCACACAUUACAAUCCUGAGUUUCGACAAAAGAUCAUCGGCUUCUGUCAUGAGAAGCUCCUGGAAGCACAUGGCAAAAUGCUGGGAAGGCCAGGAAGCGCAACCAUCGCUUCAAGCACCGUCUUGGGCGAAGGCUCGAAUGUGCCUUCGCCAUGGUAG